UGACUUUCAUGAGCUCAGAUGCUCAAUUGAGUUCAGCAUUGUGUCUUACCACCAAAUCAGCCCUGUGGCUCUCCCUGGACAAAGCAUAGUCCUUCUUAUGUCAACAAUAGCUGAAGAUGGGGCUCUCACCCUCACUGGGACAGAUACCACUUCUACAUGGCAAAGGACACAGUCUUCUUCAACUACUAUAACCUCAUCUAAGGUUACCCCCAUGACCAAGAACAUGACAUCAGUUUCCCCCAGGACUAACUCCACGAGUCUAAUUUCCAGCACAAAAAUCACAGACAUUGUUCCCUUUCCCCCUAUGUUCGCUCUUAGCCAUGAGCUCCUAAAUUCAGUGGUAGAGAAUAACACAGAUGCCCCACUGACCACUCCAAAAUCUCCAGUGCUCUCAGACACUCAUCCUAGAAGCUCAUUGGUCACCUCUGCUGACUCAGCUCAUGGUGAGCGACAUGACAUCUUAGAAAAAGACUCAGAACUUUCCCUGACCACUUUAACCUCAGAGAUCAGAGAAAAUACUGUUACAGCAAAAGUGAUAGAAGGUAGCACUUUAGCUCCUCCAAGGAUCAACAUAGGAGCUGAGGAAAGACCAUCCAUUCCUGUUACUACAAAUCUAGGAGACAUUCCACAACGUUCUGAGGCUGUGACUCCCAGAGACACAAGCCCUUCCUCCCUGUGGCCAGCAGUGACCACAGCGACUCCUUUUGAUAUUGGUUCAAGUCUUGAUGAUGUGACCCAGGCUGAGCUGUCUGAAAUUCAAAGCCCACUGAUCAUCACUGAAGUCCCACAGAAGAGUGAGGCAGGAUUCCCAUUGAAUAUUCAAAGUCAAAGUAUAUCUACUCUGGAGGCCAGUGAUACAGUAGGCACUGCUCCUACUGUGACCUUUGUCUCUCCACUACCAAAUGUCACUGCUUCUAGCAGCAUGGAUGUAGAUGCAGAAAUGAUGUCAAAAUUUGCUCCCUGGACAGCCAGCUCCUCAUCACAAGUAGAAGCCAGUUCUCCCAAUCUGGUUGUCACCACAGGAGAUGGACCCUCACUAGGAACAGAACCUCACACUCCCAUUCAUGAAUCUCUGAGUCCAAGGCCAGGCUUAAGUACCCCCAUGAACUGGACAAACACAGCUUCCCUUGAGAUUGCUACUUCAUUGGAGGACCCAGGGCCAGCUGGCUUGACUCCAGAGACUGAGAGAAACCCAGAGGAAACACCAACUCCACCUAUCACCCUGCCUCCAGCCAGCACACAGGAAUUUCGCACAACAGCAUCUCCCAGUCCUCCUGACACAACCACAGAGGGCAGCAAUGUCAAGGCAGGGACAGCCUCUGAUUCUUAUCCAGUGCCUUCCUCUUCCAGCCUCUUCCCAAGAGGUGAUGCUGGUGUGGAGCCAGUCACACAUUCCCAAAGCCAUGGAGCACCAGGAACCACAGUAGCACUGAUAAGGAGCCCCCUGACCCCUGUGUCUACUAUUAUGCCCACAGCAUCAGAGAGCUCCUACUUGAAGGUUUUCAACCUCAAAUUCACCAUCCUCAACCUGUUCUACAUAAAAGACAUGGGUCAAAGGGGCUCCAGCAAAUUCAACUCCAUUGAGGAUGGCCUGCAACCCCUGAUCAACUCCUUGUUUAGAAAAAACAGCUUUGGCUCUCACUAUUUUGGAUGCAGGCUGACUUUGUUAAGAUCUAUGAAGAAUAGGACAGCAACAGGAGUGGAUGUCGAUUGUGCUUACCAUGAAGAUUACUCCAUCCCUGUCCUGGACAGAGAGAAGAUUUACUGGGAGCUGAGUGAACAGACCCAUGGAAUAACAAGACUGGGUCCCUACAUGAUAGAUAAUGAAAGCCUCUAUGUGGAUGGUUACAAUCAUUUGGCCGUGGCCCCCACCAAAAUGCCACCAGACCCAGCAGUAGCACCUGGUUGUCCCCUGUGGGCCACAGAGCCUGGAGGCUCCCAAGCUGCCAGCUUAAGCUUCCAGUCUUUCACCACCAUUCCCAAGGUGCUGUACACAGAAGAUAUGCAUCUUUCUGGAUCUGACAAGUUCAACUCCACCAACAGAAUCCUGCAGCGACUUAUGAAGAAUGGCUCAGAAUCUGGAGUGAGUGACCUGUGCACACAUAGGAGAAACCCCAGAAGCUCUGACGGGAACCAAGAAAAGGUUCACUGGGAGCUGAGCAACAAGAAAAAGCACAUCACUAAGCUGGGGUUAUCCUCCUCCCUUGAAAAGGGACAGUCUACUCAAUGCUGAGCAGCACAACAGAAUCCCUUGCCUUUUCCUCUAUCCCCAUGCUAUUUUGACCCCCUCCUCCUAAAUUUCCAUUCUGAUUCUAAACUUAUUAAUCUGUCAAAGAAUCAUUAUUUCUCAAUAACAUUUUAUUAUACCAACCAUGGAAAAUAAACCCUGCCCCUAUCUACUUUCCAUGGAUUUCUUUCA